AUGUCAGAAGAACUUUAUAUCCCCAUUCCCCACUACCCGCCGUUCAAGCUUCGGUCGUCACUCAUCGAUAAAGAUCCAGUCAUCUGGGUACAUCUUCUUGAAGGGUAUUUGGACCUUUGCAAGCUUCUUCUCAGUGGAGACGUUGUGCUUAAUGUAAAAUCUGCUCAACAACUUCAGUUAUUUAUCAAGGUUUUCCUUUCAGAAACGGCACAGGAGACUACCCAGAUCUUCUCGUUGGGUGCAAUCAACCCAGAUAUCAAGAAAAAUACCACGUUGCUCAGAGCAUAUGUUUUCCAGGUGAUUAGAUCGUACAGUGCAGUGAAGCUAGCACUCAACGGCGAAUCUCUCUGGAAUUUUGUAUUGAUCUACGUGGAACACAACGUAUCAACUGUGCGUGGCCUCAUUGAUGGGUCUCUCAAGUCGCCGUUGAACGAUAACAAGAAGUCUGGAAAGAUUCUGCUGAUUCCACUUCUUAGAAAGCACUUGGAGUCGCUUAUUAGUCUGGGAAAGAUGCCUGAUGACCAUUUAAAGUACUUUGCAUCACUAUUGGGCCAACACACCCUGACGCUGAAAGUUCAGAAGGUACUGGUAACGAGCUCGCACUCAAAAGUGCUUGCAAAAGACAAGUAUAAAGGCAAUGGGUCCAAUUCUCUCCAGUUUGCUGAGGCUUUCGUGAACGAGGAUUGGAUCGAGAUGUUGGAGCGAUUGUAUGCUGGUGGUAAGAGCAUCUAUGCCCAGACAGUCAAAAAUUGGAUGGUAGUCAGUGUUCUCUCCUUAUCCACAGCCAAAUUGGCCAAAGUGGUCUCAACAUUGGGCAUCAACAGCGCCGAGUCGAUGAUUUUGGCGCCGCUUCUUAGUGCUCUCAUCUUAUCGGAUGCAUACAAGCAGUUAAACCCAGGCCUAGAAGCCAGAUUGCCAUUUUUGAGUAACAUUGCGUUUGCUGGAGCCGUCGAACCUGUCAACGAGGCAGACGUGGAGUUUUUGGUUGGAAUGUUUCCCAGUUUGACUCCAACGAAGGCUGCUACCAUCCUACGCAUGAAUGGAUGCGAUGCUGAGAAGGUUACCCACCUCCUUCUAGAAGAUCCGCUGCUUAUAAAUACUAUUCCCGAGGAACUGGAAACAAAGAAGGCUCCGAAGCCAAUCAAGGCUUCAGAAUUGGAAAGGGGAAUCGAACGGUUCAAGCUUCGUGACAACGAAACUACGCAGUCCGUAAGCAAACAGCAACCGAAAUCGAGUGAGACAGAUAUAAAGAACAAGACCUUAUCUGCUGCAUUGAGGCUUCUCUACGAAAGUGAUGAAGACGAGAGAGAUGACACGUAUGAUGACCAGGAACACACGUCUGGCAUGGCAUUCCUGGAGUAUGACCGGAAACCCAAAAAUAAGGAUAAGGCUAGGGUUGCAGUUUUGGACGAAGAUACAGAAGAUGCACAAGAUACAGAGUCUGCUUCUUCUCCUGCUCCACCUGAAGUUAGCAACAUCGAACUUAAUCUAUUUGAUGUUUUGAAAACAAACGGAGAAACAGCUUUCGAAAAAACUAGCAGAAAGCUGAAAGUUCGCCAGGAUAUGAAACUGGCAACAGAAUGGACCGAUGAACAGAUCGAGGGAUGGUACAGAAUGAUCAAAAAAUCUCCCAGAAGAUUUAGAUUGCUUGAGGAGCAGUAUGUGUUCCACUUCUCCAACCGGAAAACACUGGCUACGACUUCCAAUGCUUCCAAGGCUUCGCAGACCCCAGGAGGAAAUAAUCCAGAUAGAAAGAAGGUCAACGCCAGAAAUGAAAAGCAGAAAUCUAGCCGUGCUAAUCAUAAUCGGAAGAGUGGACACAACAAAAAAGCGAAGGCUGAGUUAGCAGGUUUACGUGAGUAA